UUUUGCCCCCGAAAUGGUCCGGGGUAGACUUAAUCUCUGCAAAUGAAGAACCCCCCAGAACGCCAUUUGGUUCUUUCAAGCCAAAGUAAUCGGAAUUUGGGCAAUGAUACAAACAAGCACAAUCAAAGGACUAGUCCUUCCCUUAAGUAUUUCAAAUCUUUUGUCAAGAAAUUCGCAAAUGUUCUUGGAAUCUUCCGCUCUGACAAGAGAAAACCAGCUGCAGAAGUUGCUGGAAGUGAUGUCAGAAGGAAUAGAAGUAGAGCCAGAUUGGUAUCCUCAUUUUCAACUGAUGUAUCAUCUGAGAGUAACAAGAAUUCAUGGAAGUUUUCUAAUUCCUACGCAUCUUCUAGCGCCACAAGUGGACAACUUGGAACGGGGAACUUCUCGUUUGAAGAACUUUACAGGGCAACAGGAAAAUUUUCUGCAGAUAAUAUAAUAGGGGAAGGUGGUUUUGGAACUGUGUAUAAGGGCAAGCUUAAUGAUGGAUCUCUUGUUGCCAUAAAGCGCUCCAGGAAGACUGCGCAUGACAAGAACUUGGCUGAGUUCAAGAAUGAAAUAAAUACCCUGUCAAGAAUUGAGCAUCUGAGUCUUGUGAGGUUAUACGGAUAUUUGGAGCAUGGAGAUGAAAAGAUGAUUGUUGUUGAAUAUGUUGGCAAUGGGACACUUCGAGAACAUCUGAACGGUACAAGGGGAAAUGGACUCGAUAUUGGUGAGCGUCUAGACAUUGCAACUGAUGUUGCUCAUGCAAUAACUUACCUUCAUAUGUACACAGAUCAUCCGAUAAUCCAUAGAGACAUCAAAUCAUCCAAUAUCUUGCUCACAGAGAAAUUGAGGGCUAAAGUUGCUGACUUUGGAUUUGCUCGUUUGGCUUCAGAGGAUCCUGCAGCAACCCAUAUCUCAACUGGAAUAAAAGGAACAGCUGGCUACUUGGAUCCUGAGUACCUCCGAACAUAUCAACUCACCGACAGGAGCGAUGUUUAUUCGUUUGGCGUAUUGCUUGUAGAACUGAUGACAGGGAGACAUCCAUUAGAACCAAAGAAACCUCUCAGUGAGAGAGUGACCAUCAGAUGGGCAAUGCAGAUGCUGAAACAAGGAGAUGCUGUCAUCGCCAUGGACCCAAGGCUGUGGAGAAGCCCGGCUUCAACCGUGGCAAUGGAGAAAGUGAUGAGACUGGCCUUGCAAUGUCUUGCGCCAGUGAGGCAGUCACGACCUUCCAUGAGGAUUUGUGCAGAGGUUCUUUGGGGAAUCCGGAAAGAGUUCAGAGAUCAGGCUUUGGCUAAUGUUCCUCCUCUUGCUUCUCACUAUUCUGCAGAUUUCACUAAAGGUGACGAUAAGAAGAGUAAGCUUGUGUCACUUGAUGCUGAAGAUAGCGACAACUAUAAAUUUGUCUCUGCCUGAUCGUAUUAAUUCAUGAGAAUUUGUUCAUUGAUUGUUCAACUGGGGCUCAUACAUGAUGAUUCUGCUGGUUUUUCAUAUCAGUCUCUUGUUUUCAUGAGGUUUUCUCCUCUUUCAAGCUGGAAGUUACUUAAGUUAUCAGACUUGUGAGGAGGGAAAACACUUCAGGUUGGAGUUUCUUUGAAUGAAAUACUGAAAAUUUGAUAGGCAGACUCAAUUUUGAAGCAGAGACAAAUCACAUCAGUUAUGAAGAGAUGCAUACACAUUUUAUAUACAUUUUUUUGGUAGAAUUUAAGACAUGAAUUUGACCUGUAAACCUCAAGAUUUUUGUGUUAAGUUUGUAAUCUCGAAUGGGGAAAGGUGUUGUUCAUGUUACAUUGGGCUGCAGUAUAUUGUAGUUGAUGGUAUCUAUUGGUUGGUGUGAUUUGUUAAGAAACUGAACGACUUUGAUGUACCAUCAUCACCCACAGGUA